CAGGGCGACCUGAAGGUGUCGCUAGUAUUUAACACCUCACUGUUUCAGAUGCGACAGUUAAUGCUUCUGUAACUUGAAUUUAAUGCUCGAGUCCAAAUCAAGUGUUGGAAACACCUCUCUGCACAUGCGACAGAAAAAUACUGUGCUCAUGUGGUCAUGCAGAGGUACUGGUGGCCAGGUUUUGAGAUGCAGCUUCUGAGAGAGCUGCAGAGACAACAAAACAACGCCCAGCUCUGUGAUACCCUGUUACAAACUGAGGGUAUCUCAGUGCCAGCACACAGUUGCGUCCUCGCAGCUCUCAGUCCUUACCUGUCUGAGAAGCUGUCGGCCUCCCCGCCUCCUCCAUCGGGCCAGAAGCGUCAGCUCCAGCUCCGCACCGUGAAGGCUCAGACGCUGCUGAAGCUUGUUGGUCUUCUGUACUCUGGGGAGUUGGAGGUAAAGGGGAGCGUAGAACAGAAUGACGUGCUGUCUGCAGCCCGCCAGUUUGGGAUCGCAGACCUCGUUGAAAGACAGAAAGACUUGGGGACGAAUGAGGGAGUGAAACAGAGAAAGAGCUCUGCGAGUUGCAUAGAAAGAAAUGAAAGCAGGAAAAUUCAGGACACACGAGUUCAGGCCGAGAUGGCUGGAAGCAGAGCAGCUGAAAAGAGAAGUUGUGUAUCCACAAACACGCGGACUGUUAAAGUUGGCGAAAAGAAGGUCGGCUCGCUCUCUUUGACUCACUCUGGCCAAACUAAAACUCCAGUCCAAGAGCCUGCAUCCUCUUCAGCUCAACCCUUGAAUUCCUCUAUUAUGUUACAACCCCAAAACACCACACUGCAUAAACAUAUUCACACCACUUGUGUCCCACCCGUUCACAAUGUGCACCGUUGGGCACCAAGCGAUGGAGACUCUACAUUAUCCUCUGACAGUCUUCCAAAGCCCACGUCAACAUCAGCCUUGUCCAGUGAUGUGAUGAGCUUCCUCAUUCCCCUUAAUGAGGACUCAAACUCCCCAACACCUCAAGAAGACAGCUCCUAUCAGCAGUCAUCUGAGUUUGGGGACAUGGUCGGGACGAGUUCAGGAGAAGAAAAAACAAAUCCCAAGACUGCUGACAGAAGAGAAAAUACAGAGCGAGCCAGCACCGCCAGCAGGGACGAGAUACUCGGAGAAGAAAACCCUACAGAGAAGAAGCUUGCACAUGCAAAUGCAGGGAUAAGAAACAUGCCUAAGAUGAAACAGAUGCAAAAGAUGAUGGAAAGCACACAGAUUUCUAUCAAGGUGAAGCUGAGGAGGAGGACCAAAGGAGAAGUGUGGGAGGUGGUGAGCAUACAAGAUGCAGACGAGACGUUGUCAGUGCUCACCCCCCUGAAACAAAUGGACCAUACAAACGGUGAGGUCUCCUCUGACCAGCCAGGCCAAAUUAAUAAACCAGACACCCAGAUUCUUCUGCCUGCUACCACCAGCUCCCCUGAACCACCACCUCCUCCCAGCACCCCCUCCGAGCUUCUGUGUAGUGAGUGUUUCACCCCGAACCAAAGCGAUGAGCUGGAGUCAGUCCCACUGCCUCAGCCCCCGUGCCCUGUAGAGGAGUCUGAUGAGCAGAUAGAAAAGCUGUGGGAAGACAUCAUGAUGGGUCUGAACAUCCUGCCAGACUUGGACAAGGACUGCAAGAAGUCUCAUCACCUUCAACCGAGCCAUGACCGAGCACUAGUCUCAGCUACAGAGAAUGAGCGGACGCAGAGUCUGACGCAUACUGCUGUCACUGCAGCAGGGGGUGUGUUUCACCAGGAGUUUGGGACACAGAUUGGCCACUCUACACCACAUACAGCUCCAAACCAGCCCAGCUGCUCGAGCCUUUCAUCUGUACAGUCGGAUGCUGUCAUAACCACGAAGCAAAGAGAUGGACCGAGCCAACAGGAAUUGUCGCAGUCGAAAAGUCAAAAUGGUCCACAUACUGAAGAGCCCACAACAAGAUCAGUCGUACCCACAGCUUUCUCCUUCAGUGGGAAAAAACUACAUUACCCAGCAGAUCAGGAACCGUCUUCACGAAACAAUCAGAGUGCCCUGCCUCCUUUUUCUUUACCCUGCAUGAAUGAUUUGCAGCUUCCUCGAUGUCUCUCUCCGUUAGAGCCAUUUGCAUCAGCAACAAAACAUGGGCCUGUCCUCAACAACUCAACGAACCACGGCAAUAAAAAUCAGCCACAGCCAUGUCUACAUGGGCGACUCUGGCUCACAGUAAACCCUGGAUCAUUACAAUUUCCUAUCGGUGUCAUCACUCACAGAGAAAACAAAAGUGAGUCUUUACCUCAGGGUACAAACCACAGCAGCUGGUCAGGAACGAUAUCUGCAGAAGUAAAACCAGACAUUGAGACCACAUUGAAGAAGGAAAGUUCAAAGCAAAGUGACACCAUAGUUGAUGCUGCAGCGCCUAAACGGAGGAAGAGAAAGCGCACAAGUCAUUUUCAAGAUGCUGCCGGUUGUCUCAUAUGCAAAAAUGGGAAUGUCAGUGAUGGAACAAAAAGUCAAAUCAGCAUGAGCGUUUGUUCAGUCAGUCUGUCAAGCAACAAUGUGCUGGCAAAGGAAAGAGACAUGUUUGCCAGUUCUUCAGACAUGCCAUACAAACUUUUAGGGAAACCAGAUGAACCAUCGACUGUCACAGAAAGUCAGAGAGAGAAAACCACUUUGGAUGUCAGUACCGACCAGACUCGGAUCAGGACAAGGGGCUUUUUGAAAAAAACUCAAGAGACCCCAUGUAACGCAUGCAUAGAACAUUCUUUAGUUGUAACCCCCCCGGCCUGUAGAGCUAAGACUGAGGAGGAAGUUCCAACCCAAAAGCGCAAACGUGGAAGGCCACGGAAAACCAAGCUCGAAGAGGCACCUUUUGCCAUCAGUGAAAAAAAGAGCCACAGUGUGGAAGGUGAGCAGGAAGCUGACAGCAGUUUGCCGAAGGAGGUGAAAAGGUAUAAUAAAAGGAGGAGGAAUAGAAGUGAAGUGGAGGUAAUACCAAUAAAGAGGACCGACAGGGCUGAGGCACACGACAGCACUGACAUAAUCCCAGCAGAGAUAAGACCUGAGACACCCAAACAGCCAAAGAUGGUCAUUCUAGAGAAGUUUGAAAAACUUAUCAAGCGCCAACAUUCAAAAACAAGAAAAUCAAAAGAAAGCCAAGACAAGGAAACAAAUGAACCUGAAAGAGAUGUAGAGACGGCACAUGGUGGCAGAUGUGAAGACUUAAUUCAGGAGACAGAAAUAGAUAUAGAUGUUACUCAGCCUCGGGACAAGGACGGGACUGAAGAGUCUCCUCAUGUCAUCUUCAGUGUCACAGUUGAUAAAAAUCACAAUCGGAUUUUCAACAACUCAACAGCGGAGUACAGUGAAUCACAGCAGGAUGACACAAACAGCUCUACUAGUGACAAGUUUGGUGAUGGGUGUCAUCCGGUGUCAGCAGCUGAGAGGGAGCAGACACUUCAGAGUCCAGAUGAAGCACAACAAAGCUGUGAUGCCAGAGUGUCCGAUACAACACAGCAGACUGCUGUUCAUGAUGAAGGCCGGUGUCACAGUAACUCCCACACACCGCCUCAAGAAGACAAAGUGCCAUUAGACAACUCGAACCCCCAGAUGCCUGAGAGAACUGGUUCACCUCUGCCGGACACUGGUGCAGCCACCAAGAGCUCAGGCUGUAAUCAGCAAGAAGAUGAUGAUGAUGAUGAGGACGUGGACAUUUUGCUUUACUCCCCAGACAAAGAGCCUCAGCCCGGAGAGUGUGAGAACAGCCUGGAUGACAUGGACAUAAAUCUAGAGGAAGAAGAGGAUGAGGAAGACGUGAACGAGAUCGACGUGACCGGAGAUGAAGCGGAGUAACUUUUGUUGGCGUGCAUAGUUUUUACCAUGUCGUGUGACUAGUUCAGCACUUUGAGACGCUCGGCGUGAGUGACGUUCUGUCUGUGCUGGUUACAUGUGUGUUUACAGACACGUCACAUCCAUUCUGCUGUUAAGAUGUAUCUAAUAGAUUUUUCUUUCUUUUUCCUUUUCUGUUUUCACCAUCAGUCACUGUCUGCUGAUUAUCAUGGGCCGUGCGCCCAUUUCAUUUGAGCUUCAUUUAGUUCUUAUGUAAGGUUCAAACAAAUGUUUGAUUUCCAUGAAUAAUAUGCUGAAGCAUUGAUAUAAAGAUGGAAAAUGUUCUUAUUGUUGUUUGUCAGACUGCUUAAGAUAAAAAAAAACAAGUAAAUGUUGUAAAAGAAGGUGUUUUGAGCCUCGAGUGCAGCGUGUUUCAUGUAAAUAACAGAAUUCUAGUUUAUUAAACUAACAGUCUGCCUUUU